CUCUACGAGUAACGGGUAUAACAAACGAAAUUUCUGUUUUUGUUUUUUUUCUUACUUCCGACCGGUUUUUAAUUCCCGGUGUGGCAACGCUGGUACAGCAACAACGCGGAAAAUAAUUCAAAAAGCAAUAGGAAAGUGAAAGAGUGCAAUCGAAAUGGAUUUGCGGAAGCUUAAUAUGUUUAAAAACGCCAAUAUAAAUAUGCAGGCGGCAAUCGCCUACGUCGCUGGUCGCAAGGGGGACCUUAAGAAGGGCUCCAUCUUCAUGACCAGCCCGUUUAAAUCACUUUUGAAUAACCCGCGCCCGCUUUUUGUCGUCUUCGAUGAGUUUCAUUUCAAAAAAAUAUCCGCCUGGCGUUUUGAAAGCUGGAAGGCCAUGGUGGUGGCCAUUGCCACCCUCGAAGGGCAAUUUAUGCGCUUCGUCCACAUCCAAAUGAUGUCUCCAGAGACCAGCAAGUUGGGGAAGGUCGAAAUAAAGGAUGGAGUUAGGGAGGUGUUUUACUUCGCCAAGAAGAACGGGCUGCAGCACCACCUGGUGGGAGCCUUGUGCGACGGUAACUCGGCCAACCAGGAGGCCACCCAGUGGCUCCUGCCAAAUGAUUACGCCUGCGAAGCAAACCCAUUUUUUGCUCAACAAAUUGAUUACAUGGUGGAAGGGAGCUCAAAAAUCGGAAGAACAUUUACGUAAUUUAUGGACAGACCCUUAACAGGUAAACGAUCGCGCAAAAAAGAAUGAAAUCGCAUAGUUCAAAAGUUAGUAUCAGCCUGAUAUAAAGUUAGUAUUGUAAGUGACACAAUUAGAUUAGUAAUUAAUGCGAGCCUAAUCAAAUUAAGUAAACAAGAAUUGAAAGAUUAAAUCCAUGCGAUAAAUUCCAAAAUCAGUUAAGUGUAUAAUCCACUUUUGCAAGGUCAGUGCAUCCAAUAAAAAAAUAUA